GUAUUGUAAAGCGUGGUGGCAGGCUGCCAGUUGAACUUUUGCUCCACUUUCUUACGCUGAGACGAACAGGAGCUAAGGACCAUGGCGACCCUAUUAAAUCUCGAAGACUUCGACGAACCAGAAACGAGGCCUGAUACCUCAUACUAUAACACUGAUAAAACAAUGCUGCCUGCAGGAUCGAAACAUCACGAUGCUCAAACUAUGGGCAUCGGAAAAGCCAUCGCUGUGCUGACAUCAGGAGGCGAUGCACAAGGAAUGAAUGCCGCUGUCAGAGCAGUAGUGAGAGUAGGAAUUUACACAGGUGCCAAAGUCUACUUUGUACAUGAGGGAUACCAAGGAUUGGUUGACGGAGGUGACAACAUCAAAGAAGCCUCAUGGGAAAGCGUUUCAAUGAUGCUGCAGUUGGGUGGGACAGUUAUAGGGAGUGCAAGAUGUCAAGAUUUCCGAGGCCGAGAGGGUCGACUUAAAGCAGCCUGCAAUUUGGUAAAGAAAGGAAUUACCAACUUGUGUGUUAUUGGUGGAGACGGCAGCUUGACUGGAGCAGACACUUUUAGAUCAGAAUGGAGCGGCUUGCUGGCUGAUUUAGUGAAAGCAGAUACUAUUACUGAAGAUGAAGCCAAAAAGUCCAGUUAUCUGAAUAUCGUUGGCUUGGUUGGAUCCAUUGAUAAUGAUUUCUGUGGGACGGAUAUGACAAUCGGCACAGAUUCUGCCUUGCAUAGGAUAAUGGAAAUAGUAGAUGCCAUCACAACCACUGCACAAAGUCACCAGAGGACCUUUGUUCUUGAAGUGAUGGGUCGACACUGCGGGUAUUUGGCCUUGGUAACAGCCCUUGCAUGUGGUGCUGAUUGGGUUUUCGUUCCAGAAUCACCACCUGAAGAAAACUGGGAAGAACAUCUUUGUAGAAGGUUAAGUGAGACGAGAGGACGUGGAUCACGGCUUAACAUUAUCAUUGUUGCUGAAGGAGCAAUUGAUUUACAUGGCAAACCCAUUACAUCUGAUCUCGUUAAAGAUUUAGUGAUAAAACGUCUUGGUUAUGACACAAGGGUCACUGUGCUUGGCCAUGUUCAGCGAGGUGGAACACCAUCUGCCUUCGACAGAAUAUUGGGAAGCCGAAUGGGUGUUGAAGCUGUGAUGGCCCUAUUGGAGGGAACCCCAGAUACACCAGCUUGUGUGGUCAGUUUGUCUGGAAAUCAAGCCAUUAGACUUCCAUUGAUGGAAUGCGUACAAGUGACUAAGGAGGUGACACAAGCCAUGAAUGAGAAGAAGUUUGAAGAGGCCUUGAAAUUACGAGGAAAGAGUUUUGAAAAUAACUGGAAGGUUUAUAGAACAUUGGCUCAUAUCAGACCUCCAUCUGCAAAGAGUGGGUAUAAUCUGGCUGUUCUGAAUGUUGGAGCACCUGCAGCAGGUAUGAACGCAGCAGUGAGAUCCACAGUGAGAAUUGGCAUUAUUCAAGGUCACAGAAUGUUUGCUGUUCAUGAUGGAUUUGAAGGACUUGCAAAAGGACAGAUUGAAGAAAUUGGAUGGAGCGGUGUUGGUGGAUGGACUGGACAAGGAGGAUCCCGUCUUGGCACUAAGAGGACUCUGCCCAAGAAAUACUUUGAAGAAAUCAGUAAUAACAUAAGCAACUAUAAUAUACAUGGGCUAAUCAUUGUCGGCGGUUUUGAGGCAUUUACAGGCAGCUUGGAACUUAUGGAAGGACGAUGCAAGUAUGAAGAGCUAUGCAUACCCAUUGUUGUUAUCCCUGCCACUGUAUCAAAUAAUGUUCCCGGAUCUGAUUUCAGUAUUGGAGCAGAUACGGCUCUCAAUACUAUUACAGUUACCUGCGAUCGAAUCAAGCAGUCUGCCGCUGGAACUAAGCGCAGAGUCUUUAUCAUUGAGACCAUGGGAGGUUACUGUGGUUAUCUGGCUACUAUGGCAGGAUUUGCUGCUGGUGCCGACGCAGCUUACAUUUAUGAAGAAUCUGUGAACAUACAUGAAUUGCAAACAAAUGUCGAGCACCUUACAGAAAAAAUGAAGACCACAGUAAAAAGAGGUUUAAUACUGAGGAAUGAGAAGUGCAAUGACAACUAUUCCACAGAUUUUAUAUUUAAUCUAUAUUCUGAAGAAGGAAAAGGUGUUUUUGACUGCAGGAAGAAUGUCCUUGGUCACAUGCAGCAGGGUGGAACGCCUACCCCCUUUGAUAGAAACUUUGGCACAAAAAUGGGUGCAAAGGCCGUUCUUUGGAUGACAGGGAAAGUAAAGGAAUGCUCUAGACAUGGCCGCAUUUUUGCCAAUACGCCAGACUCUGCUUGUUUGCUUGGAAUGCGCAAGCGAAGUCUUGUUUUCCAGCCUCUAGUUGAACUUAAGGAGCAGACUGAUUUUGCCCAUCGUCUCCCUAAGGAACAGUGGUGGCUGAAACUUCGCCCUAUCCUGAAAAUUCUUGCAAAAUAUAAAAUCAACCUGGACACAUCUGACCAUGCACAUAUGGAACACAUUACACGUAAGACAUCUCAUCCAACCAAUAUCUAGUGCAGGUGCCCUGUUCUUGUUGCAGAGGGUGCUGCCUGUUAUGGUUACGGAUGGACAGGAGACAUAUGAAAGCAUGAAUGGGGUGUUUUCAACAUGCAGUGAACUUAUUUUGCUAUUUUAAAUGUUAAUUAUUGAAAUGUUCGCUUUGUAAUGUAGACAAGAAAUAUGAAUAUAAAGUAAAACAUAAAGGUGCUGUUCUGAGCACCCACUUGCCAAUAAUGAAUUCUGUGAUGCCAAGUAAAGUAUUCUGGGAUUACAGAUCUCACUGUACUGAUACUACUACUACUAGCGAAUUACUGCACAGUACUACUGAGUUGACUAAAAUGUGCACAUUAAUCUGUGUUGAGAGCCUCGGUUGUGUUAUACUAGAAUUAGCCUGGGUUUUGGGGUAAUUUAUCUAAACAACUUCUCAAAUGGAUUUUGUCACACCACAGUACUGCUUACAAUUAUUUAACUAUAUGAAAUUAGAUUACAUAUGUCAGAUUCCUUGUCAAACAAGCACAAAAUACUGUAUUAAUGAUGGGUAAAUGUGUUAAAAAUGUUGCAAUUAAAAACAUUAAAAAAAAA